AGUGCAUUUUACGGUAAGCGGCUACGGAUGAGAACAGCAGUUGUGAUGAUGGCUAUGGCAUAUUUCAUUGCUUUUACGAUGGCAAUAUUGCCAGUUGUCGGUGUCUCCACAUAUACCAGUACCAGUGUUUGUUUACCCCUUUCAAUUGAGGAUAACAUUGACAGGGCUUACAUAAUCAUAAGCUUGCUGUUCAAUUUGCUAGCAUUUCUGGGCAUGGCAAUUAGCUACAUCCUCAUUGUCAUUAUGCUGCGAGAUCCUGAACAGCCGAAACGGCCAGAAGAUAGGGCGAUUAUAUUGAAAAUGGCUACACUGAUUGGAACUGAAAUGCUUUGCUGGUUUCCGACACUUUUUUUUGGUAAGUUGCUUCAUCACACUUUUUGA